GCAGGCAAAGAUGGCUCAAAAGUGACACAAGUAAUCGCCACUCCAGGCCAGGGACCGGACCGGCCGCAGGAGGUCUCCUACACGGACACGAAGGUGAUCGGCAACGGCUCGUUUGGGGUCGUAUAUCAGGCCCGGCUGGUCGACACCUCGGAAAUGGUGGCCAUCAAGCGUGUGCUCCAAGACAAGAGGUUUAAGAACCGCGAGUUGCAGAUAAUGCGGCGCCUGGACCACUGCAAUGUCGUCAAACUCAAGUACUUCUUCUACACCAGUGGCGAAAAGAAAGACGAAGUGUAUCUGAAUCUGGUGUUGGAGUUCAUACCGGAAACGGUAUAUCGAGUCGCGCGACACUAUUCAAAGUCAAAGCAAACAAUUCCGAUAUCAUUCAUAAAG